AUGGGUUACGCUCAGGAAAAUGGCGAAUCAUUGCAAAUCGUCUAUCGCUGUAUGAUAUGUGAUGUGAUAUACGAGACAAUACCUGAGGUCCAGAUCCACUAUCAGACCAAACAUAUUGACCAGGAUUUCCAGAGCACUUCAUCCCAUAUGAAUCAUACAAAUUGUUUGGCCAACACUUCUUUGUCGCCGAAUCCCAAAUCUAUGACAACAAGUCUCUCUUUUUUCGGUUCUUUGCAAUCGACGACUGACUCUAAUUGGAUGGAUAACGACUCCUCCACUCCUCAGACCUUGACAUUCGAUGUGCCCUCAGGUCUGAAGACAUUACAGCAACAGUUUGAGAGCACCACUAAAGACGUCCAGCCGAAGAGGAGAGGCAACAAACCAUUUACUACGGGUAAUCCUAAAACCAAAUCUAAUUUCAACAAUAAGGCCAGAGUUUUGGGACAAACGAGUAGUCCGACUAUCAAAUCUGGUUUCAUAACGUGUGAGAUAUGCGGCGCAACAAAUUGUGUCGGGUGUGCAAAGUUUUACACCAAAUAUCUGGUAAAACCUGUCCACUAUAUGUGCGAAAAUCUUGGGAAAUGCAAUUUGAAAGUUAGUGAAUGCGAACCCAACGGCAGAUGUAAGGCAUGUCUUAUUCACAAAUGCAAAUCAAAAUUCAUUAUCGAUUCAAAAAAGUUGACAAACUAUUCAAAGAUGAGCUCAUUUUUACCGCAAAACGACAGCAAAAAGACGUCGAAUGAAAACAAGACUAAAAUAAGUACAAAACCCGUGAAUACAAAAGAGACAAAUCGUAACAUUAAGCCCAAGACAUUGAUUCAAACGACUGCUGAAUCGAAAGCGAAAACUUUUAAUUCUCCCAAAACUAAGACAGAGACCGAGGUUUCCACACUCAACAAAACAACCUCAUUGUCUUCACACAGGAAACUAAAAUCAGAUAAAACUGUAAGAAAUAUUAACGAGAAGAAUGAGAACCAAACUAAGAAAACUGGAAACACGGGUCCCGUAACUAAA